GUUAGUCGGUUUCAGGUCGGUGAAACGUUCAUUGGCAAAAAAAAAAUAUACUUAUUAAACUUAAAAAAUUAAGUGUACGUGCAAAAUGUCGUCCGAUAUAACAAGUUUCUAUCGUAACAAAACAGUCUUUGUAACUGGAGGCACCGGGUUUAUGGGAAUAGUUUAUAUUGAAAAAUUGCUGCGAGUUACUGAAGUUAAACGAAUUUACAUACUCUUACGACCGAAAGGUGGUAAAAGUAUUGAAGAUCGCCUAUCGAGUCUCUGUCAAAAUGCGCUCUUUGAUAAGUUGCGAAAUUCAGGUGUUACGCCAAUGGACCGAAUUCAACCAAUUUCAGGCGAUUGCAACUUAGUCAAUCUGGGAAUCUCGGAAGAUGAUCGUAAAUUACUGAUUAAAGACGUAAACGUUGUAGUUCAUCUGGCAGCAACUGUACGUUUUCAUGAGCCGCUCCACAAAGCUGUGGCUAUAAAUGUACGUGCCACACUGGACUUGAUACAUUUAGCCAAGGAAAUGAAAAAUUUGCAGGCUUUUGUACAUGUUUCAUCGGCAUUCGCCAAUUGUAUUAUGCAAUCAAUUGAUGAGAAAUACUACACACAUAAAUUGGGUAUUAGUUCGGUGAAGAUGUGUGAAUUGAGUCAAACUUUAGGUGUCGAGACCACAAAUAAACUGGCGAACGUGCUGUGCGAGGCUUAUCCAAAUACAUAUACAUACACCAAAUCUCUGGCGGAGGAGGCUGUUUUGAGUGAGGGACGCUCACUUCCCAUAAGCAUAUUUCGUCCGGCUAUAGUUAUUCAGACUUACAAUGAGCCACUCUCCGGUUGGAUCGGUAAUUAUUAUGGUCCCUCAGCGGCUUUAUACGCUGUCGGUUGUGGUGUACUACGCGUCAUGAUGAUGAAGUCCCAUCAUCGGGCACAUCUCGUGCCGGCAGAUUGCUGUGCUAGUUUAAUGUUGGCCAUUGGUUGGGAGACAGCCAACUCGACUCAGAGGCAAAAGUUAGAUAUGGCUCCACCAAUUUACAACUAUGCCAACGAUGAUGAGAAUCCGCUGAAUUGGAAGCAAUAUAUGACUGCCAUUGCCGAUUUCGGCGAUCAGGUGGCCUUAACGAAAAUGCUCUGGUUUCCAUUUUUGAUAACCGUCGGCCAGAAAUGGUUGUAUUAUGUACUGACUUUCUUCUAUCAUACCAUACCCGGCUAUUUGAUCGAUUUCGUAUUGGUGUUGAAGGGCAAGAAAAAGAGAUUGACAAAACUUUAUCGCAGUAUACACCGGCAAACUGGUGCGAUGGAAUAUUUCAUAAUUACUGAAUUUAAAUUUACCAUGGACAAUACAAAGGCUUUGUGGAACUCUUUGUCUGCGAAAGAUAAAGAAAUUUUCAACUUUGAUCUUCGUUUGAUUAAUUGGAAGGAAUAUCUACAAUACUCCUUAUGGGGUAUGCGUUUAUAUUUGGGUAGAGAGGGACCCGACACUCUGCCCAGAGCGCAGAUAAUGCAUAGAAGGUUUAAAAUCUUACAUUACUUCGUGCAAGUUGUGUUCUGUGGCCUAUUCAUUUCAUUAUUAUGGGCUAUAUUGAAACGAGUUUUACUAUAAAAUAUGUGUAUGUAUGUAAAUAAAUUUAAUGUAUUUAAAAUA